AUCUAUAUCAAAUUUUAUUUAAUAUGCCGUUUGUGCAGUGUUGACUAGAGUAUUUGACCCGUAGGAAUGAAAUACAGUUUUAAAUAUUUAUUUUAACUUGAAUUUGUCUAUUCAAAUUGGGAUAACGGUCCUUAUUAAUCAUUCAGGUAACCCUCUUUCACGUGGCAUAACCAAAGCGCUUGUUGACCAUCAGCUGGUAACCGAUCUCUUCCGCCAUUUUGGCCUAAAACAGUUGGUUGGGCGUCGUUAGUGGCGGUGUGUGUGGCUGGAGCUAAUUUAAAGCCACCCGACCAUCUGCAGACACCAAUCAUGGGAAAUGCCUUCGCAAUGCUCUUCAAAGGCCUGUUCGGCAAGAAGGAGAUGAGGAUAUUGAUGGUCGGACUGGACGCUGCCGGUAAAACCACUAUCCUCUACAAACUCAAACUAGGAGAGAUCGUCACCACAAUUCCCACAAUCGGCUUCAACGUCGAAACUGUAGAGUACAAGAACAUUAGCUUCACAGUAUGGGACGUCGGCGGUCAGGACAAGAUCCGGCCUCUGUGGAGGCAUUAUUUCCAGAACACACAGGGCCUCAUCUUUGUGGUGGACAGUAACGAUCGGGAGCGAGUGGGCGAGGCGCGCGAGGAGCUCAUGCGGAUGCUGGCCGAGGACGAGCUGCGGGAGGCCGUGCUCCUCAUCUUCGCCAACAAACAGGACCUGCCGAACGCUAUGAACGCCGCCGAGAUCACCGACAAGCUUGGCCUGCAUUCGCUGCGGAACCGCAACUGGUACAUCCAGGCGACGUGCGCCACAUCCGGAGACGGUCUCUACGAGGGCCUCGACUGGCUCUCCAAUCAGCUCAAGAGCGCCGCUCGCUAGACGGACCGCACAGCCACUCACUGAGCGACCGGGCGCACGCGCUGACCGCCCACCGUGUGCGCGCGCGCGUGUGCGAGUGAGCGAGCGAGAGAGCCACCGGCGGCACGGACUGAGCCACGCUGAGAGACAGACAUUCCGAGGGAGAGAGAGAGAGCGAGCGCGCGGCCGCCGGCCCGGAGAGCCGGCGGCGCGCCGCGGGCCGGCCGGCGCCCGCAGAGCGGCACAGUGGCCACACAGCGCGCCCUGGAGCUCGCCGGCCGCUAUUCGCGUCCAGUGUUGUGCUCCUCAUCGUAUGAAUCGUGUUACUUUGGCUUGCAAUCGGGUGGGCUUUUAUCAAUAUUUAUGAUCAAUUAUCGCUGUGCUCCCGUUCGGCAUUCUGUAAAUGAAAUUGUUUGAUUUAGAAAGAAUAAAUAUUCUCCACAAUUAA